CUUCAACUUAACAAAUACCCUUAAGCUGACGCCGCUAUAAACAAAUCGAAUUGAUAUGUAAACAACUUGCUAAUAUUUGGUUAUUUUUAAAAUAAUUUUAUUUUAUUAAUUGGCAAAAAAAAAGUUAAAAGCAAAUAAAUUCUUUCUACUCGGUAUUUUAUAGUUUGUCACUUCUUAUUUAUUAGAUAAAGAUUGGGGUAAUGUAAUUUAGACUCUUAACGAGUAUCGUAUCAUUCCGAAACUAGAACUUAAUCAAAAUUUAAAACAAUGGCUCAUGAACUCCAGCAAGAGUAUAUGGAUAUGCCCAUUAUUACCAAAGCCUAUACCACAGCAUGUGUUCUUACUACUACUGCCGUUCAACUGGAUCUUGUCUCUCCAUUCCAGCUGUACUUUAAUCCAGAUCUUAUUAUUAAGAAUUAUCAGGUUUGGAGGUUGGUUACAACUUUUCUAUUUUUUGGUGGAUUUGGUUUUAAUUUCCUUUUCAAUAUUAUUUUCACUUAUCGCUAUUGUCGAAUGUUAGAAGAAGGCUCUUUUCGUAACCGACCUGCAGAUUUCUUUUUUAUGUUUUUAUUUGGAGGUGCAUUAAUGAUUGUUAUUGCUGUGUUUGUCAACUUGUUAUUUUUAGGACAAGCUUUCACUAUAAUGUUAGUUUAUGUUUGGAGUCGACGAAAUCCGUAUAUACGGAUGAAUUUUUUUGGACUUCUGAAUUUUCAAGCCCCCUAUUUACCUUGGGUUUUACUUGGUUUCUCUCUUCUUCUUGGAAAUUCCAUCAUGGUUGAUUUAAUGGGUAUUGCUGUAGGACAUGUGUAUUACUUUCUGGAAGAUGUAUUUCCAAAUCAGCCUGGAGGAAUGAGACUUCUUAAAACACCAUGGAUUAUAAAAUAUAUCUUUGAAAGUCAGAAUGCUAAUACAGUGCAAUCACCGCCCCCUCCAGAGGAGAGGCCUGGUGGAUUUCAAUGGGGAUGAUCUAACUUAAUUUUUUCACUCUUUUGUAACAUAUGUAAUCUAAUUUUAGCUUUCACUAAUGUACAUUUUGUAUAAUUAAAAUAUUUUCACAUAGUUUUA